CCAAAUUGGCUUGGCCCAAGUCUGUGGGGGCAUGUGGCAGGUAUGCUAGAGGCGGGGGAGGAGGAGGAGCUGCUGGCAAAGCACCGCACGGCCCCACCCUUGCGCAUAGCUGUGGCUGUGGCUGUGGUCGCAGCCGUGGCUUUGGUCGCGGCCACCGCUUUGGCAGCUGAAAAGGCAUGGCUUGAGCCGAAGCAAGAGCGGUGGCCAGAGGCAUGGGAGAAGCUCCCCGGCAUGGAGGAGAUGGUACGGGCGCAGAGGCUCCAGCUCCGCCAUUUGGAGACGCAAGACCCUUGGACCACCACUGAGUGUGUCAUUGAUGCCGUGCAGGCCAUGUCAUACCUCGGAAACGCGGUGAUCUACCUUUGGCGGGCCAUCCAAUUCGAGUGCCCGGACCAAGACGUGGGCUGCGCUGAGAACGUUGGUGCCUACAUGGCUGCCGUGUCCUGGGUUGGCGCAUACGUCUCCAUGGCGGCCAAUGCGUGUGCGCAGGCACCGAACCCUGGCGCUGCGUGCGGAGCGCAAUGGGCUACGCUGACCGCGAACCUCGCGGAGUUGGCAGCGGUUGGGGCUGCUGUGAGCGACAACUGCGACUUCAGCAGCCACUGGGCAAAGCCUCACGAGGAGGAGGAGGAGGAGGAGAUUCUCGAGAAGUUCAUCCCAGGUGCCGGCCCGGUCAAAGAGGCCAAAGCCAAGUCAGAGGCCAAAGUAAAAGCGGACUUGGACAAAGCCGCGUGUGGUAUGGAUGUGACGAACAGCUUGUCCUACCUUGUGCGGGAGGUGCUUCAGAUCCGUGAGGCAGUGCACAGCUGCCCAGAGCCGCGUGAGUGCGCCAUGAGUAUCCUGAGUGUGCUCGCCUCGUUCGGGUGGAUCAUCCGCUUCGGUGCCCUAACCGCAGUGGACUGUCCUAGUAAGGAGGACCAGCCAGUGGCCUGCACGGCCGACAUUGCCGACCUCUUUGCCGCCACGAUAGGUAUCCCUACGCAAGGCCUAGGUGUUGGCAUGGACUGCUAG